GCAAAAGGGCUGCUUCUCCCAGCUGCCUCCCAACUACACAGCCAUUUACUUGCUAAUUCGCACAGGGAAUGUAGAAUGGCGGUGGCGUUCGGGAAGCUCGUCGUCGGCGCGUAUGUGGAAAUUAAACGCAGUGAUGGACGCAUACAUGAGGCGAUGGUGACAUCUUUGAAUGAGGACAAUGAGAGCGUCACGGUGGAAUGGGAGGAGAAAGGAGACACAAAAGGGAAAGAGAUCGAUCUGGAGAGUAUAUUUUCACUUAACCCCGAUGUGUGUCCAGAUGAAGAGAUUGCCCGCAGUCCGGAGACUCCUCCCCCUCCUACAGGUGUAAAGGUCAAUAAAAUAGCAAAGAACCGUGGAACAAUAGCGCCUUCAAAGGUUGACACUCCAUCCAGGGACAGUAGAGUGAUUCUGACCCAGGCCCGAGCCCAUCAGUCUCAACACGCUGAAUCGGCAGCUCUGCCCCCUCCGUCACAGCAGGCUCUGCCCCCCCACGCCCCCACACAGCAACAGCUGCAGAACGCGAGGAGGAAGUCAAACUGCGUGAAGGAGGUGGAGAAGCUGCAGGAGAAAAGGGAGAAGCGUCGGCUUCAGCAACAGGAGCUGAGGGAAAAGAGGGCUCAGGAGGUGGACACAACCAUUCCUAAUUUUGAGAUCAUGUGCAUGAUUCGAGAUUUUCGUGCAAGCCUAGACUACCGACCUCUGACCGCAGCAGAUCUGAUUGAAGAGCACAGAAUAUGUGUAUGUGUGAGGAAGCGUCCGCUGAACAGAAAAGAGCUCACCAUGAAGGAUUUGGACGUGAUAACCAUUCCCAGUAAAGACGUGGUGAUGGUACACGAACCUAAACAGAAGGUGGACCUGACCCGCUUCCUGGAGAACCAGACCUUCCGCUUCGACUACGCUUUUGACGACGCCACAACCAACGAGAUGGUUUACAGGUUUACCGCCAGACCAUUAGUGGAAACCAUAUUUGAAAGGGGCAUGGCCACAUGUUUUGCCUAUGGGCAAACAGGAAGUGGUAAAACUCAUACAAUGGGUGGAGAUUUUUCUGGGAAGAACCAGGACUGCUCUAAAGGAAUUUACGCAUUGGCUGCUCGGGAUGUAUUUCUCAUGUUGAAGAAACCCAAUUACAAGAAGCUAGAGCUACAAGUGUAUGCAACGUUUUUUGAAAUCUACAGUGGAAAGGUGUUCGACCUGCUGAAUCGCAAAACCAAACUGAGAGUCUUGGAGGACCGGAAGCAGCAAGUGCAGGUUGUGGGGCUUCAGGAGAAGGAAGUCAAGUGCACAGAGGACGUCCUGAAACUCAUCGACCUGGGGAACAGCUGCAGGACAUCGGGGCAGACGUCAGCCAACGCGCACUCGUCUCGCAGCCACGCCGUGUUCCAGAUUAUUCUUCGGAGGAAGGGAAAGUUGCACGGCAAGUUCUCCCUCAUCGACCUGGCCGGGAACGAGCGGGGCGCCGACACUUCAAGCGCUGACCGGCAGACUCGCCUGGAGGGUGCGGAGAUCAACAAAAGCCUGCUGGCCCUGAAGGAGUGCAUCAGGGCCCUCGGCCGCAACAAGCCACAUACUCCAUUCCGAGCCAGUAAACUCACGCAGGUUCUGCGAGACUCCUUCAUUGGUGAAAAUUCCCGCACGUGCAUGAUUGCAACUAUCUCUCCCGGUAUGACAUCCUGCGAGAAUACCCUAAACACACUCCGCUACGCCAACAGAGUGAAGGAGUUUGGGAUUAGUCCGUCAGACAUCCCCUUCUCCCAGGGUGGUCAGGGGAGUCGCCCCGAGCACUCUCCGACCAAUACCUUUGACUUUGAUGACUUUGCUGCUACUCCCCCUGGCAGGGUGAAGGAACUCACCGUGGACCACAACCAGGUGACAGAGGGAGGCCGUGGCAACAUCCACGCCGUCAACCAGCUGGACUUUUUAGAGGAGGAGUGGCAAAACAGUUCGCCGCAGAGGGAUGACCUCAAGCUGCUCUGUGAGCAGAACGAAGAGGAAGUGUCCCCUCAACUCUUUUCCUUCCACGAGGCUGUCUCUCAAUUGGUGGAAAUGGAGGAGCGGGUCCUAGAAGACCACCGGGCUGUUUUCCAGGAGUCCAUCAGGUGGCUGGAGGACGAGAAGGAGCUCUUGAAGAUGACAGAAGAGGAGGUAGACUACGACGUGGAAUCUUACGCCACUCAGCUGGAGAAGAUCCUGGACCAGAAGAUCGACAUCCUCACCGAGCUGCGAGAUAACGUGAAGUCUUUCCGCUGUGCCCUCCAAGAGGAGGAGAAGGCCAGCAAGCAGAUCAACCCCAAGAGGCCACGAGCCCUUUAGAGAACGCGAGGAGGUGGCAAGUGAACCACUAGACAAAAGUUUGUUUGCCCGGGAAAGCACAACUAAAAGGACGGACCGCCUCGACAGGCUCAAACGCUCGCAACUGUUCAUAGAAACUUUGAGACUCUGUUGCUACGGUCUUGUUAGGAAAUUUAGAAUGAAAACUUGGGAAAACUUUUUUUUUUUUUUUUUGCUAUUCUUCAUGGAGAAUGUUUAGGACUCUUAACAUUCUUCUUAAAUUAUUUUCUUUAAUACUUAUUUGUACUUUUGAGCGGAUUUGUUUUUUUUUGGGGGGGGGGGGCAGGGUUUGAAACCAGUGUUUGGUUUCCGGAACGUGCAGUCUGCAUGUGCACUGACGUUAUGGCGUCCUCAUGUUUUUUUUUUUUUUAAGCACUAUAUAGUUAUGUCUGAUAUUCAUAUGCGGAAGAACAAGCGGAGUGAAAUAUCGUUAGCCUAAUAGCACAAAGUCACUGAUGUGCUUCGAGCAAUUCCCCCCAAAAAAAAAAAAAAAAAUCAAGAUUGACUUGGGUUUUAUUUUUUUGUGUAUAUUACCAGUUCGUGGUAAUUCACAAAGGCUGAAUUGAGGCAACUGGACCCCCCCCCUCCUACAAAUGGUCAAAAUGACUGGCUAUUGUGCUAUUAGGGUAACGAUUUCUUUAUCGUGUGUCCCUGGAAGAUAUUUUUACGUGUAGUACGCUUCUAUUUGUGCCAUUUCACGCGAUCCGGCGAUACUUUCUAAACUUGAUGUUGAACAUUUUCCACCCAUUACACACUUUGUUAUGAAAAAAAAAAAAAGUGCAAACGAAACAUCUAACAAUAAAUGUAUAGUUAAGAACACGAUUAUGUUGUCGUGUCUGUAGCAAGAGGAUAAGGUUAAAAUCUCCCAAAAAAAAAAAGGGCAGACUUUCUCGGGUUUGUUGAGUAGAAUUAUACUGAAAAGUAUAUGAAAUGGUAAAAUAACUGACAAGAAAUGUCAAAACAGUCACUAGUAAUUCCCCACAUUCCCGGAGAAUAUGUAAUGUUUAUAGACAAAGUGAAAGUUUUUCAUCGAUGAUGACAGUUUAUCAACUAUUAUUAAUCUAGGUUCCCCCCACCCCACCCACUGAAUAUGUAUCUCAAUAUAUGAUAGAUUGUUCUGUAAAAAUAUAGUUUUGCAAAUAACCUUUGCAUUGUAGAAAGCUGAAGUUUUAGAAGAAAAUAUUAUGAGCGCCAUUCAGUAAAAGUUGACACAAGCAAACAAUUUCUAGGAAUCGUUACUGUUAACCAGCCCCCCCCCC